GGCACCGCGGCGGCGACGCCAUUCCUGGACUUCGCGUGGAGCGCGCGCUCGGACGUCGCCGCGCUCGUCGCGCAGCAGGAGGGGGAGACCUGGGCGCGGAAGCUGCGCGACCUGGCCUCGCUCUCGCUGGACCUCUGGCCUCCGGGGACGCCGCACUGGCGCGUGGCGAGCUCCGUCGUCGUGCCCCCGCUGGUCGGCGCGGGCCCGUCCGGCGCCUCCAAAGACCUCGCCGCCGCCAUCUCCGUGUCGGGGGCGCCCGGCCCCGCCGCCGAGGGCAGGGGCGAGCGGCGAGGGCUGAACCCCUCCGACCGCGCCUCGUGCCUGCGGAUGCUCGCCGCGCUGCGCUCGGACCCGCACGCAG